UUGGGACUGCACUCAAACUGUGUUAUGAAAACUGAUUAAUUAUUAUUUAUUCAGCGAUGCUUGUUUGUGAAACGUGAUCUUUGUUAAGGCUGCCGAACAGCUGAACAUUAUCCGAUUCAUCGCCUCACAGGAUCGACAUUCGACCAUCCUGGAUGAACGGGUGGAGUAUGACGCCUUUUACUUAGGCGUUCUUGCAAAUGUGAGUGUCGGCGCUUGUCGACCGAACCGCAUUAUUACAUCAUCCGAGUUGCCGGUGUCGGUUCCCAGCGAAGUACAGCUGGUCGAGCAGAUCGAGAAUGCGCAGCUUAACGGUCGCUUACCGUACGAGCUGUCAGGCAUGAUCGGCCGUGUCACCGUCUGCGUCUCCCUUCACGGCAUCAAGGUGAUGCUGUUGAACGGUAACGUAUUGUUCCGCCAGCCACUGCAUGACAUAGCUCAGGCGGUGUUGUACGAAGACGGGUACCGCCACUGGAACGUCGCCUUCAAGGUUGGCCAAGUGAGCAAGAACACCUUCAGUGUUUACCUCUUUCAGAUGGCAUCCCAGGAAGUUGCGGAAAAACUUAUUGAAAGCCUUGGCAGGUACUUUCGAGAGGUUGUCGAAAAUCAUGUGAAAGACGGCAAACCGAAGACUGAAAGAUUUUAA